CCUUCCUGAUCGACUGACUUCCUCGUACAGCUUUUCACGGUGACUGGUGUAAUGGCACAUCUUACAUCGAAUGUAAAGGAUCCAUGCCAGGCCUCUCUUUUCCUCCCCAUGCUGGUUCCAGUCCAGUGAACCGUCAAAGUCCAGGAAUUUCUUCCGCGACAGGAGAAGGAAUGAAGUUGGCAGGACUUUCCACACUGUCCUUGGUAGCAGCUGAUGAUGGAACGGACAGCGGUUUACAUGGCCCGUUUCAUCAAAGAUGCACCGGAAGCAGCAGCACUAUCUCCAUCACUGGUGAAAUGGGAAAUGAUGAGUGGACAGUCAUCACUUUGCAGCUCACUGAUUCAUUUUGCAGCCCAUCUCUUUUUGUCUUUAAUGGUGGUCUCUGGAGGAAUGGUUGCAGUGCAGCCUUCAUGUCCGGGGCAGCUUGGAAUGGUGUUUUCCCUAUCGCACUGAAGGUGGCAUUGUUAUACCGGGCAUCUCCUUCCGCUCUUAUAGGUGUAUUGGCAAGUCCACAUUUCUCGUUAAGCUCUUGAAUGUCCUGCCUUAUUUUCUUCAUGCUGUUUUUGCUCACAUCAGUGAUGAUUUUGCCUACUUUGUUGCAAGUCUGAUGAAUGUUGGUGGCUGAUGCUGUUUCGAUGUUUGCGCAAAGAAGCAUACCACGCAUGCCCUCUGUUGUAAGGCUGGUACCCAAGUGGCCGACAGCCAUGGCAACAUUAAACUGUGCGGCUCUCUGUCCCCUUCCUGAUCGACUGACUUCCUCGUACAGCUUUUCACGGUGACUGGUGCAACUUCCUGGAUGGUGCUGAGCCUGUUUGUCAACAUGUGGAACCCACGUGUA